AUGGAUAUCGAACCCAAGGAACUUGUUUUUGGAGAACCCCUCAGCGAAUUGCAGACCGUGGCAUUGCACCUUGUGAACAAAACAGGUCAGGCCCUGACCUACAAGGUCAAGACUACGUCACCCAAAAUGUACACCGUCCGGCCAAAUGCUUCCGUGGUGGGCGCCGGUGAGAGUAUUGAGGUUGCAAUUAGUCGUCAGGCCAAAGCUACUUCUGAGCCGUCGAAGGAUAAGUUUCUCAUUUUGACCGCAAAGGUCGACCCGGCGGAAUUGGGCGACAAGCCAGACAUGGCUGAACUCUGGCACAAAUUGGAGUCGGGUGACAAGAAGGGCAUCGAUGAAACUCGUAUCAAGGUCAAGUAUGACUUCAACAGUGCCAAGUCGGCUGCGUCUGGGUCCUCCUCCACCGCAAAAACGCCCUCGUCACCCCAGCACUUUGCCGGCAUUACCGGUGCAGACUACGACCACCAGUCUGUGAGCAAAUCGGUUGCCGGGGAUGCCAGCGCUGAUGACUCUCUUGUUGCUGACCAGACGGCAUUGUCUGUGCAUGACAAUGGCGAAGGCAGCACCGAUCUGUCAGGAGUCAAAGGCGUACCUGAGAAGAGCGACAUAGUAUCUUUGGGUGACGCAAAGACUGGCCCUAUUCUGUCUCGUGACGACUCUUCUUACAGCCAGACCGGUCCCUCCGGCUCUACAGGACUCGAUAAGUCCAAGGUGAAGGACAACAAGGAGCCUGAGUCCAAGUCUCAGCACUCCGGCUCCAAGGCCCCCGAAGAAAGCGAGGAGCUGGAAGCUGGCGUCUCCGCAAGUGCCUUGGGUGCAGUUGCUGCUGCCGCCGCUUAUCAGGCAGGCGGUCUCGGCCUCAGUGAUAAACCUGAUUCUGGGAACAAGCCCGAAAAGCAGCACGUUGCCAGCCAGAGCCAAAAUGUUGGUCCUCCCAAGUCCGUUGGCAAUUCGCACGUGGGCGGCAAGCAAGAUGUGGGCGGCAAGCAAGAUGUGGGCGGCAAGCAAAAUGUUGGUGGUAGGCAAGACAUAGGCGGCAAGCAAAACGUCGGUGGCAAACAAGAAGCCGGUAAACUUCCCGCAGAGCAUGUGGGUGGUAAACAAGCCCCCACUGACUCCAGGCAACACACCGGUGGCAAGCAGGAGAAGAAUUUGGCUUCCGGAAGCUCUCUCAACGACAAUGGCGUGAGCAAACGAUCUACCGGUGAGUCUUAUUCCUCCUCUGGUGUGGCUACCCGACAGUCUGAAGAGGUUGUCGCUGGCGUCCCUCUGCCCGUCGUUGCUGUUAUUGCUUUGAUUGCCUUUUUACUUGGUUGGAAACUUUUCUAA